GUCCUACUUUCCAGCGGCAGCAGCAGGUACCGGUACUGUACAGCCCACUGCAGCCGCGGGGAGCUACUUCCGUUCCGCAGAGGGCGACAGGCAGCACCAUCACCAGGCAGCCGAGACUGAGGCGGUGGAGGUCCAGACACAAUAGACGGGGGUUUCCGGCUCUUCUUCAAUCCAAACCGGUAUGUCGGAUGAGGAUUCCCGUGCCAGCACCAGCUCUUCCUCGUCACCACCAUCCUCCAGCCAGACCAGACAGAAGGACACACCUUGUAAGAAGAAACGGGAAAGCAAAGUCAGCAUGAGCAAGACCUCCAAGUUGCUUUCCACCAGCGCCAAAAGGAUUCAAAAAGAGCUGGCUGAUAUCACACUGGACCCUCCGCCAAACUGCAGCGCUGGCCCAAAAGGAGACAACAUCUAUGAGUGGAGGUCAACCAUCCUGGGACCACCGGGCUCCGUGUACGAAGGAGGUGUCUUCUUUCUGGACAUCGCCUUUACGCCUGAUUAUCCCUUUAAACCCCCCAAGGUCACCUUUCGGACGAGGAUCUAUCACUGCAACAUCAACAGUCAGGGUGUGAUCUGUCUGGACAUCCUGAAGGACAACUGGAGCCCUGCCCUCACCAUCUCCAAGGUCCUGCUGUCCAUCUGCUCCCUGCUCACAGACUGUAACCCAGCCGACCCCCUGGUGGGAAGCAUUGCCACCCAGUACACCACUAACAGAGCAGAACAUGACCGAACAGCCAAACAGUGGACAAAGCGAUACGCCACAUAAACUGCAAAAGGUCAGGAGCAGCAGUAGUGGCAGUGCAGGAGGAGGAGGAGAAGGAGGAUGAGGAGGAGGAGAGGGAGGUGGAGAAGUGAAGAGGAGUGGUCUGUGUUAGGUGGGGCGGGGGGGUCAGGGUUGGGGCUUUAUUUCUAUCUCAGAUUUUUAGUACUUUAUUGUCUGGUAUAUUUGUUUUGCUUCCUGAUUAAGUUAUCUCCACAAAUACAGUAAUAAAAGAAGAGAAUGGAACGGAAAGUCUUGGUCUGGAUAUUUUUUCCUCGUGUUGUUGUUUUAAAAGCAGUUUCCAUGUUCAGGAACCACAGAAUGCUUGUGUUUAAAAGAGGAACCACAUUUACAAAUAAAUAAUUGCUCCAGUAAAUUUUUUUUUUUUUUUUAAUGUUAAGAAGUGUUUCCUUCAGCUGGACAUUCUGAACUAUUUUCUGCUAACACUGACCUGCUCCAUACGUGCUGUGUCUAUUGUUGAGUUCAAAUGGAAACCCUAAUCACAAUAAAAGCAUCUGAUACAGGAAA